CAUACUGGACGCGUUCAACUACCACUUCCCACGACCUAUCCGAAUAAUACUUCAAGAUGGCGCAAGCACUCAACACCCUGUAUAAGCUUGCCAUCCCUCUGGCUGUGGGAGUUUCUUUUGCCCAGGCCUCGAUAUACGAUGUUAAGGGUGGAAGCAGAGCCGUCAUCUUCGACAGACUGGCUGGUGUAAAGGAGGAUGUUAUCAGUGAGGGAACACACUUCUUGAUUCCAUGGUUACAAAAGGCCAUUCUCUACGAUGUGCGAACGAAGCCACGAAACAUCUCGACGACAACCGGAUCCAAGGAUUUGCAGAUGGUCAGCUUGACACUGAGAGUGCUCAGCAGACCAGAUGUUAAGCAGCUGCCCAAGAUUUACCAGAACCUUGGACAAGAUUACGAUGAGCGUGUCCUCCCAUCCAUCGGAAACGAAGUCCUCAAAUCCAUCGUCGCCCAAUUCGACGCCGCAGAGCUCAUCACCCAGCGUGAGGCCGUCUCCAACCGCAUCCGCAGCGACCUCCUCAAGCGUGCCCAAGAGUUCAACAUUGCUCUUGAGGACGUUUCCAUCACGCACAUGACCUUCGGAAAGGAGUUCACCCGCGCCGUCGAGCAGAAGCAGAUCGCCCAGCAAGAUGCUGAGAGGGCACGAUUCAUCGUCGAGAAGGCCGAGCAGGAGAGACAAGCAAACGUUAUCCGUGCUGAGGGAGAAGCCGAGUCUGCCGAUACUAUUUCAAGGGCCGUGGCGAAGGCAGGAGAUGGUCUCAUUAUGAUCAGAAGGAUUGAGGCCAGCAGGGAGAUUGCACAGACUUUGGCGGGCAACCCCAAUGUCACAUACCUACCAGGAGGUGGCGCAGAGGGCAAGGAUGGCGGCAAGUUUUUGCUGGGCUUGAGAUAAACAGUGUUGACAGAACUAAGUGUAAUAGUAGUAUAGUAAAAUGUAUAGCAUCUCCCCUG